CACUCUGCAUCCGGUACACCAAACCCCAAUCGGCAGUUGACCAAUCCCGCCGGGGACGACAUGGCCCGCCGCAGCCGCCGCCGACCUUCCUCGCCGUCCACGGUAACGCCGCCUCCGCUGGAAGACGACGAUCUCCUCCACGAGAUCCUUCUCCGCCUCCCCCCGCAGCCGCCCUACAUCCUGCGCGCCUCCCUCGUAUCUAAGCGCUGGCGACUCCUUGCCACCGACCCCAAGUUCCUCCGCCGCUUCCGCGUCCGCCACCGGAGGCCUCCUCUCCUCGGCGUCUUCUCAUCAGAUUACAAACGGAACAUUUCGUUCAGAUCCACUCUGGACCCGCCGUACCGCAUCCCUCCCGAGCGCUUCUCCCUGCCACUCGAGCCCUGGGCGAUGCUCGACUGCCGACACGGACGCGUACUCUUCGUUGAGAAGAAGCGGCAUCAGCUCAUUGUGUGGGACCCUAUCACUGACCACUGCUGCUUCGUUGCCGAUCCGCCGCUGUUCAAGAUUGGGGUCCUUGGCGGGGCAGUUCUCUGCGCUGCCGCCGACCAGGGACACGUUCAUGGCGACUGCCGCUCGAGCCCUUUUAAAGUGGUCGUGCUGGGCUACGCCAAGCACGAUGAUCAAGAGGCGGGAUGCGUUGCAAGUGUUUACUACUCGGAGACUGGCAUAUGGGGCGAUCUCAUUUCAACAACGCUUCCAUGGAGGCCUGUUGCUUGUGAGUACAGCACAUUUGUUGGUAACGCCGUUCACUGGAUGCUUAUGAGUAGUGGGGGAUUGAGUGAGGGCAUACUUCAGUUUGAUUUGGAUCAGCAGAGGCUAGCUGUGAUCAAUACGCCUCCUGAUGUUCAUUACGAAUUUCACAGUGUUCAGGUCAUUCAGACAGAGGAUGGCGGCCUUGGCUUCGCCACUUUGUUGGGCCCCCACUAUCACCCCCGCUUCCAAAUGUGGGAGGGGAAGGUCAAUUCUCAUGGUGUUGCCAUAUGGGUGUUGCGGAGAACUGUUGAACUGCAGAAGAUUCUUGGAUUGGGGUUUAGGAUUGAGAAGGGGAUGUCAUCUAUAGUGCACUAUACUGAGGAUGCUCAUGCAAUCUUCUUUUGGGUGCACUCAUUUGUCUAUAUGGUUCAGCUUGAGUCAAUGCAGUCCAAGAAACUUUUUAGAAGCAACGGCGGGUUUUGCACCUAUCGUCCUUUCACAAGUUUUUAUACUGAAGGUAUCAGUGGUUUGAAGCAGAAGUAGUUUGCUGGUGUACUGCAACAUGGAAUGCCGACUCUUGUGUAGUGACUAAUGACCAUCUAUCGUAGUUGUCAGCUUGCUUGACUUGUACUAGAAACUAUCCAGUGCUGGUGUGUUAUUUUCAGCUAUCCUAUAUGUAAUCGCCAAAUGAACUCUGAAAUGCCUGGAUAAAUUCGGCAGUGUUGGGUUCCAUUUUUUAUCAAUCCGUUGGAAUCUCUUCCAGUUUGAUGCCAAAUUUAUGUUCA